AGCGAUUGUUUUCAUUCAAUUGUGUUCAGUGGACGAAGUACGUUGACAUCGUUAGUUUUGUGUGCUCCAACCUAAUAAUUUAACAUUUGCGAGAAAUCUGGUUACGUGGUGCACAGUUUGUUAUAAAAGACAAGAAUUCAAAGAGAUAUUUGACAUCAAAAUUUGUCAAUAUUAAAAUUUGUAGUCUUCCAGCAAAAUUAUAUUUUCUAUCGCACUGGUUAUUGACCAUCCGAAGGUCGAGUUUAAAAACCAUUUUAAAGGGGGUGAAGCAGCUGGUGUUUUUUUUUUUUUGAAUCAGUGUUACUAUUACAAAUCGUGCAAUUAUGGUGUUAUUGUGACUGUUUAAAACUGAUAAUAAAGAUCAGGCGACAUUCGUCACUGUUUAAUAGAUAAAUAUAUGCAUGUACUACGAUAUAAAAAAACAUCGUUGGGGUGUUUGUUUUGAAACAAAAAUAGAUUACUCUCGCCAGGGUUGUGAAAAACCAAGUCUACCAUUGUUGCAGCUCUGAUUUUGCAUAGAGUGCUGUAUCAGGGAAGAUCGUUCAACAAGUACGAACUAAAGUCAGCAUGCAGCGUUGGUGGUUUUUAGAUGAAAAAAAUGGCACAGCUUCAUCGAGCUCGUCUAGCUUGACGAAAAAGGAAAAACUGCCAAGGCCCCCGGGGGACCUGCGGCACAAAUUUCGUGUUCUAGUCAAUCAAGACCUGCUACAGGAUGAAUCGAUCGCCGUAACGGGGAACUGUGAAGCUCUGGGUAACUGGCAACCUGAAAAUUGCGUCCAGCUGCAGCCGGAAGAGGGAGAUCCCAAUAUCUGGUAUCUCGACAUUGACCUACCUCGUGAGAGCACGAUUGUGUAUCGUUACCUGAUAUGCUCAGUGGAUCCGAGCAGCGAGAAUGUCCAUGUACGGCGUUUCGAAACUCAUUUGAAGCCCCGUACCAUUCCGAUCGACGCUGCCCAGGAACCGGAUAGGGCAAUCGACACCCUCGGUGAUAUUGAUGGUGUUGUCAGGCUGGACAAGGGCUGGCUCACCACCGAAACCAUAGUACAAUUUAAAUUCUUCGACAAUCCGUUCUCAUUCAAGCGACCUCGUAAUCGAGAAGUUUAUGUUAAGGUUACACCGAUGAAUCUACGCAUAAAUUCUGAGUCCCAAAGUUUAACGAAUUUAUUGGAAGAAUCACUGUCGAAUGAUACACGCGAAAAUGGCAGCGAUCAUCCGGCCUAUGCAUUCACAGAGGUUGUGUCGCUUCGGAACGUUCAACCUCUCUAUCAGCAACAAUCUCAGUUUGGUUGUCCAAUAACGGCUGACGACUUCGUAGCUAUCAAUGUCACGGUCGCAGAACCCGAAAACGUAGCCUAUCUUAUUGACUUAUAUACUCACAGCUCCCGUUCCAAUGAUGGUGAUCCACCGUACCAUCUAGGCUAUCACUAUAUUCUACCAAACUUGUUGAAAAAAUCGGAGGGGAUUCUUGAACUUGCAGUGACCUGUGCUAGCAAACAUCGUCCUCUAGGCAUGAUGCGUAUUGAAUAUCUAAAAGUGACACCGUUACUUUCACCAGGCUGCACCCUAGAAAAGUCGUACAUUCGCUAUUGGAACAAACGUUGGACUGGACUUGACGUGGGGCAUCGAGGAUCUGGAACAAGCUUUAAAACUAUUGAUGGUAACGUGAUACGCGAGAACACAAUUGCCUCGUUGAAAAAAGCCGUUCUGCAUGGUGCUGAUAUGGUAGAAUUCGACGUGCAGCUCAGCAAAGAUCUUGUGCCCGUGAUCUAUCACGAUUUCGAUAUUUAUGUGUCUUUGAAGCGGAAAACUACUCUAGAAACAAAUGACAUGCUAGAACUGCCGAUGUAUGAACUUACUCUAGAGCAGCUUAAAAAUCUAAAGGUCUACCAUGUGGUAGAGGGUAGAAAUCGCGAAUCAAGGUUUAACGAUGAAGAUCUCGAGGAGCAUCAGCCGUUCCCUCAACUGGCGGACGCCCUGGACCAGAUCGAUCCUCACUGCGGCUUCAACAUUGAAAUUAAAUGGUCCCAGAAGCUGAAAGACGGCACUAUGGAAUCUGAUUUACAUUUCGAUUCGAAUCUAUACGUUGAUUGUAUUUUGAAAGUCGUUCUAGAGAAAGCUGGCGAUCGGCGGAUUGUAUUUUCGUGUUUCGAUGCCGACAUUUGCACCAUGUUACGCCUCAAGCAGAACCUUUAUCCGGUAAUGUUUCUAACGCUGGGGGUCACCGAACGUUACCAAAGCUAUUUCGACCCGAGAUGCAAUUCAAUCGAGAUGGCCGUCAAAAAUGCCUACUCGACCGAACUGCUGGGAAUCGUUGCCCAUACCGAGGAUCUCCUGCGAGACCAAAGCCAGAUCAAUCUGGCCACGGAAAAGGGGCUGAUUAUUUUCUGUUGGGGCGAUGAGAACAACUGUAAAGACACCAUCAAACAUUUGAAAAGUCUUGGAAUUCAUGCCAUCAUCUACGAUAAAAUGGAUGUUUUCUCCGACAAAGCCAUCAAGGAGAGUGUCUUUUUAGUGGCUGCUCGGGAAUCGCAAGCUGCUCUUUUACAACAAAUAAAUAUCGAAAAUCGCUUGGACCACGGUAGAAGUUACGAUUUCCGCAGAUCAACUGAAACAUCCGCAACCCAAGAAGGCUCUUUGUCAAAAAACGCUACCGAGAAAUCGUCAUCUACAACAGAAGAAAGCGCUUCAUCAAAAAAUACUACCGAUAAGUCGUCAAUUUGUAUUUGUACUGACUCUUAGUAUGUGCGGUUAUGGCUACUUCAACGACACAGAAUUAACUUCGCUUUAUUUACUAAAUUUACGUUAAACCAUUAAACGCGGACGACAUGGAUCUUACCAUUUUUUAGAACUCAUGGACGAUUAAUAAUAGUAUGAAACACCGAAUUUAAUAAAUCUUUUUAUCAGUUAUUUGUGUUGUUAUUUUUUUCACUCUGGCGCUUUUAUUAAAUGCAGAUCCACGAAAUUAAGACGCAGUUAGGAGUAGGACUUUGACACAAAUAAAAAUAUUAAUUAGAAUCUAUUCUCUCCAAAAAAUUCAAAGAUUAGAUGAAAUAGUAAAUUCUUUAACAAUAAUAUAAUAAAAAACAAAAGAUGUAAAUAUUUUCAAUAUACAAACAUUUGUUUGUUUUGUUAAAUAGUAAUAAAAUCUAUUGAUGCCUUAA